AUGGGUGAAGGCCCUGUUGUUGCCAUCAUCCGUGGUCUUAAGGUUCACAUCCGAGUUCUCGACAAAUUCCUGUACAACAAUGGCUGCCAUAACACCAAAGGCUAUCCACCUUUCUACGAGCAGGAUCCGGACGAGUUCUCAACACUUUUGCGUACAAGACUCAGUGGAAAUAAUGCGAAGACAAGGUUAUUCAUUCCAGCAAGGACGGACCAUAAUCAAAGCAAAUUUGGCUAUAUAGCCUGGGCAUACGAAAUGGUAUAUGCGCAGAAGGAGGUCUGUCUUGAAGAAGACCUCCCUGCGGAUCCUCCAAAGGGAUGGGAUGCUCUAAAGAAUGAAAUUCUUUCAUUCAGCACCAGCGAAGACGCGAUUUCGGAGGCAUCCGGCCACGGAAAGACAGGUGUCUUCGUUAUCGUUUGUGAGGAGAGGAGCUACACUCCACCGUCUAUUAAUCAAAGACCUUCUCACUGUGACCAAUGCGAAGCCAUAUUGGACUCCUUUAUCGAUCGCCAAAGGCAUCGCAUGACUAAGCACGGAUCGGAGGAAGGCUUGGACCCGCUGCCAGACGACGAAUAA